CAGUGCUGUUUGGUUUUAUAGCGGGUUAGGCUCUAAUUUUCAACGAAAAAUACCGAAAAAGUAUCAAGACCUUCAUCGGUGAUAUGUGAAAUCAUCAAUGAACCUGCAACGUUAUGUCAGCCAUUGCCAAGCUCUCAUUCCGUGCUGUUAUCACUGUUCAACUAUUUUUUAUUUGCGCAUGGAUAUUUUACUAUACAAGAGAUUAUACCUUUAUUUCUCAACAACCAUUCAACAACAACAGCAUUGUUCAUUUAAAUGCUGGAAGAGAAGAAGAGAGAAACAAGAUGUACAUUUAUGUAGAAUCUGCAAAAACAGACGAGAGAAAUAAAAGCUACACCAAUUCAGAUUCUACCGAGACUGAAGAGAGAAAAAAGACGUAUACCUUGCUAACUUCAUACUUUGAGUACAACUACACAACAACUACAGAUAAAGCAGAUGGUGCACUUAAAAAAUGCCAACUAAUUCCUUCCGGGUUAGUUGGGAAAUUAAAAGUCGAUAAGACACCACAGACCAUGGAGGCCAUUGAAAAGAAAUAUGAAACGAUAAAGGACGGCAAAUAUAAGCCAAAAAACUGUACAGCUCGACAGAAAGUAGCCAUACUCAUUCCAUUUCGUGAUAGGGAAAGUCAUUUAAGAAUUUUUCUGAACCACAUGCACACCUUUCUUAUGAAGCAGCAACUUGAAUAUGGAAUAUAUGUCGUGGAACAGACUAAGGGUCUUGAAUUCAAUCGAGGUUUCCUGUUUAAUGUUGGAUUUAAAGAAGCUCUCAAAGACUCAGACUACGACUGCUUUGUGCUUCACGAUGUGGAUCUUCUCCCGGAAAACGACCACAAUAUCUACACCUGUCCUGUUGACCAUCCAAAACAUUUAGCUGUUGCCUCUGAGAAAUGGCAGUACAAAUUGCCAUACACGUCCUAUUUUGGUGGUGUUUCGGCCUUGACACGAGAACAAUAUGAAGCUGUCAAUGGGUUUUCAAAUGAAUUCUUUGGUUGGGGUGGUGAGGAUGAUGAUUUUUACAACAGAGUGGCGUGGUCUCAAAUGUCAGUAUACCGAUCAAUAAAUGAUGUUGGAAGAUAUUCCGCACUUCACCACAAACCUGCUGUAGCAAAUCCCAAAAGGAUUGAUAUUAUAAGUAAAGGAAAAGAGCGGAUGUGGAAAGACGGACUGAUCUCCCUUAAAUAUGGAAUAAUUCAGAAGACAUAUAAAAAACUAUUCAUACAUAUCAUUGUAAAAAUCGUCUGAGAACGAUUUAAAAAAUUAUUGUUUAAGAGUAUGAAGUGAUUUUAAAACAUGAAGAACUAACCUCAUGUGUAUCAUCUAAUGGAGGCAUAUUUAUAUUAUUCAACAAAUCAACACAGAAGAACCGGCUUUGGAAUUUAAAAGGAAUUGAAAAGGAAAUGAUCAGAGAAUAUUGUUUCAGCAUCAUACCGCAUUACAUCGACUUCAAAGAUCAAGUAAACUAUAAACAAGGAUGGGUUGUUUAAAAAGGGGAAAAACGUGGAAAAUGAAAACAAGUAAUAGGAAUAAAUAGAAAGGAGAAGGCCAUUUUUUAAAAUAAAAUUUAGCUCUGGCACUUUUGAAGAAUGGAACUAAUAAAUAGUUCUACCUCGACGUAUAUGUGAAACAGAGGACGAAUUAAUAGAUGUAAAACACUAUAUUUAUGGAAGUAUUCGCCACGUUUUAUUUUCACGUCUUUUGCCAUCUUUGUCUCCAGCGAAUUUAAGUCUUGGUGAAUUCAAAACUCUUUAUAACACUUAUUUUCUAUACCAAUUCUUCUCUUUCCAUAAUUAUUGUUAUGCUUGUCAAGUGGGUUGAUAAUAUGAUUUGAAUUAUCUUAAGUUAUUAUGAUUAAAUUGUUGAAACAUCAAAUCAAUUCCUAUCUUGAAAAGGGUUCUAUGUUUAAAAGAUAUCUGAGAAAUCCAUUAGUUUAUAUGUACUGAUUGAAAAAAAAUAUAAUUAUAUAGAAAUAUUUUUAUUGAACAUUGUACGGAAAAUUCAAGUUUUUGUCAUAAUUUUCAUCUAUCCUUAUAAAUAAUUAUUAACUGGUUUGUAUUCUACACUAAUAUACCUAGAAUUGAAUACAUGACUGUACUUUGAUGUUUUAUAUUGCAAAGAUAUAUAUACACUGUAAUACUUCCUAAAAUCAGACUUUUCGUUAUAUUUAAAAGUCUUUUUACCAAAAAAAUUGAACUUUAUGCAGUGUUCAUGAAUAUUAUGUUUUUUUAAUGAUAUGUUGUGUGCAUUGUAAUACUACUCACUUUUAAUUACCUGAUAUUAAUUAAAAAUAGAAAUUUAGAAGUCGGUGAUAAUUUUUAGGUUUUUCA